AGGGUUAUUAAGAGAGAGUUAAAGAGCGAGAAGAAGUUAUGGGAUACUUCUUGAUAGGUUUUCUUGUGGUUGUUUUGUCCGUGGGAAAUGUUAUUGAAGAAGCAAAUGGUGAAAUACCUCGAAUCAUAUUGGGCAAAAUAGAGAGGAUUAAUCAAAAAGGUCCUUAUUUGGGGAUUGUAGCUCCAAACAACUAUGAGCUUAACCCUCUUCUCGGUUCUAAAGCCUAUGUCCCAUCUUCUUCGUUGCCCUUCAUCGAUUUCGCAGGUCGAAAAUUCCGAUUUGGAAAAUUAUCAAACCAACCAGUGGUAAUAGUGAUGUCGGGAUUAGGAAUGGUGAAUGCAGGAAUAACAACACAAUUACUGGUGAGCCUCUUUAGGCUGAAAGGAGUUUUGCAUUAUGGAAUCGCUGGAAACGCAGAUGUUAACCUUGAGAUUGGUGAUGUUACUAUUCCUCAAUAUUGGGCACACUCUGGCCUUUGGAAUUGGCAGAGGUAUGGAGAUGGGAUUGACAACGAAUUAGCUCUUGAAUCCGGUGGUGACUAUACUCGGGAAGUUGGUUAUCUCCAGUUUUCCAAAUAUAGUAACCGAACCGAUAACUUGCUUAAUCGAGUUUGGUAUCAACCGGAAGAAAUCUUUCCGGUCACCGGAACUCCUGAAGAGCGGCAACAUGUGUUCUGGAUUCCCAUUGACAAGUCCUACUUGAAACUUGCACGCAAACUCGAGGACACGAAGCUACCGCAGUGCGUUAACACCACGUGCCUCCCUCGACCACCGAAGGUCACCAUCGUUAAACGUGGAAUGAGUGCAAGUGUUUUCAUCGACAACGCAGCUUACCGGACUUUCCUCAACUCCAAGUUUAACGCCACCGCCGUUGAAAUGGAGAGCGCCGCCGUGGCUCUCAUUUCCCACCAACAAAACCUCCCUUUCAUUGUCAUCCGUGCACUCUCCGAUCUAGCUGGAGGCGGUUCCGACGUGUCCAACGAGGCCAGCAUAUUCAGCAGCCUCGCCGCGGAAAACUCCGUCGAAAUUCUCGUUAAGUUCGUUGCUUUGUUGCCUCCGCACGGAAGCAAGAUUCAAUCAGAAUGAUAAAUUUGGAUUAAGACUUAAGAGUGUGGAAUAAGAGCAUGUAACGGGAAAAGUAAGAUGUAUUAUCUAUGAAAACACGAUUAAAUAUGUGUCUAAAGU